AGUGACGUCAUGCAGGAACACUCUGGAGCCAGACAGGUGGACUGCUGUUAUUGUGCAGCAGAUCCGCUCAGACCCGGAAGUGGAGCUGAACAAUGGUAGUGGGUGAGCAUCACAUGACCUGCACCCAUUACCUGUACACCCACUGUGCCUGGUCAUCACACAGGGUCACCUGGCACAGCCUGGGCACACAAUACCACUGAGUCACCCAUAACUGGCUGUCACAUUGGCUUUUACUGACUCUCUGCCAGGUAGCAGCUACCUGUGUGCUGGACAUGGAGUCACAGUGAUGGGAAAAGGCCAUUCUGGUCCCUCAUAGGAAGGUAGAGAGGAUGAGAAGAUCAGAAGAGCCACCCUGUCUGCUGGAGACAAGCACCAAGAAAAAUGUCACCUGCAACCCCACAGCUUGGGCUGUGGCUGCUGACCACUGCCUUGUGUCUCACACACCUGCUGCAGGUAAGGUGAUAACUUCUGGGAGAUGAUGAUGGCAUGGCCUUAUGUCUGUGUACUAGCCUUGAUCACAUUUAUUAAAUAAAACUGGGGCAAAGUGAUUUGUAAUAGUAAAAUAACAGUGCUGUACUCUUAAAUAGGAAUGCUUAGAAAUGCCUUAUUGGAUACCAUUGACUAUAAAAAUACAUGUUAAAAAAAAGUUCUCUACAGUACAUAUUGUAUUUUCUUCCCUGAUUAAAAAAAUAAAUAAAUCCUAGAUGUGUUCCGUUAUUAUAUAUUUUGUUUUGUUUGAAACAUUAUUAUUCUCAAUUUGUAAAAGUAUUAUUGUAUUACUUUUGCAUGCAUUGGAGUGGAGUGUACGGUAGCAUUUAAUAAUGCCCAGUAAAUUUAUGUUAAAAUGAAAUAUUUGUUAUUACACUUUGCUGGCAUUGUGCAUAAAUAGUUUAAACACUAUUAAAUCAUAUUGUACAGCACAGACCCUUCUUGCAGAGAAGGGGUUAAUUACGUGUGUGUGUGAGUAUAUAGCUAUGACUGUGUUGGAUUAUGGAAAUGUUAACUCUUGCUGUAAAGACACAAUAACCUGUUUCAAGAUAAGAUCAAAGACAAGGCUAACAGUUUGUGUGCCUCAAAAGAAAAGAAUUGGGAAAAAUAGCUGUGGGUUGCUAUUUCAAACUAAAAUUUUGUUAUUCUUGUGUGAGUUCUCCACAAUUGUCAGUGAAGAAACCCUCACAGUUUGCCAACAAGUAAACUACAUGGCGCUGUCAUUGUCUUUUAUUACCUAGAAUCUCAAUUUUAUAGCCAAAAAAAAGGUUUAAUUUUUGCUGCCUCAGUGCUAUAAAUAUUUUUAGGUGUAACAGUGUUAAAGGUAAACAAAACAAAAACACAACACAAAAUCAGAAAGUUUUCUUGAACAGUAAAUGUAAUGCAACGUGUAAGAUCACACAGAAACAUGUUGCCUUAUCUCUGUAUCAGAGCAGAUCCAGCAGUGAUCCUACCAGAAGUGAAUAUUGUUGGGGUGCAGUCACAGAAUAGGAGACAGAACCCCAUCAGUAAGGCAAUGUGCCUGGUUGAAUUAUACAACAAAAAUUCGUUUUUUAUUUGUACGUUAAAGAAACUCUAUAGUAGGAGAAAAUGGUGUUUGAUUUACAUUUUAAAAGGGGAAGUGUCAGAUAUUGUAAAGUAUGCGAUAAAGGUUACAUACAGAUUUUAUGGUUCAUUUUUCUCUUGUUUGUUUGUUCCUAAUGAAUUUGUCGGUUAAUAUCAAACUUCUGUUGUGUAAGACAGGCAGUAUUUAAAUCUGUAUACUUCUGCCUGCUGUAUAAGGGACUGUGGAAAUGUAAUACACAUACAUAUUGGAUGAUAAACGUUCAUAUCACACCUAAUUCCUUGGCAACUUUUAGAAUGUAAGCUCUGCAGUAUGUCAGAUCUAGGCCUGAACAGGACCAAAUGAUGUCACACUUUCACGUACUGCAGUGUGACUGUGGUAACGCUUGGUCACCAUACAGAGGACAAUGGUAGAUUUGACCUUGGCAAUUUCUGGAAGGAUGCUUUCUGUACUGGGUAAAAGAGUUUUGUGAGGCAGAGGGAUUUGUUUAGUUGUUCGAUGCCAGUUUUGGGAGACAAUACAGUACUAUUAAGUGUUUGGAUCUACUUGAAGAGAUGAGUGUAGCUUGAAUUUGACAAUGAGGUGGUAUAUGACGAUGAAACUUGGAGGUGAAGGAGUUUGAUGACCAUGAAGUUGAGAUUGGGGCUCAAAGUUGAAGAAUGAGUAGUGGGAUGUAGUUCAAAGCAAACAGUUAUCUUAGAGUUGGGGCAGAAAUAUUCAUUGUUGUUAGAAGCUGAACACUUAAUUGUAAUUGGAGAUUGAGGCGUUUGAAAGUUCGCAUGUGGCUUGGACUUGGAGGCUGAAGGAUUAUUAUAGUGUGAGGCCCAGGAAGUGGAUACAGUUAAAAGAGAGCAUGUGGCUUGGAGGCUGACAAAUGAAUUGUAUUUGGAGGCCAAGCUGUUGGAUGUAGUUGACAGUGAGGCUGUGGCUUGGAUUUGGAGGCUAAAGAGUUUAUGGUAAUUGGAGGCUGAAGCGUUGAAUAUAGUUGAAACACAUGGUUUGUAGUUGGAGGCCUAGGAAUUAAUUGUAGUUAGAGGCUUAGGAGACGGAUGUGUUUGUUCCUGAUUAGUUGAAUAUAAUUAAAGUUAAGCCUGUAGGAUGAAUUUGAAGGCUUAAAUUCAGAGAUUAACAGAAUGUGCAAAAUUCUCUAAACUACAUUUCCCAAUGGUGCCUCAAGCUACAUAUGUGACAACCAUAGUUAACAUGGCAAAGUAACAUCAUAUAGACUGAGUACACCAAGUAUCAUCCAUGAAUUACUGAUGAUCAAAAAACAGUUUGAGACUGUGCUAAUUAUCCUGUAUAGCACUAUUUAUUUAUUCAGCUCUAUCUAUGAAUCAAACUCCGGCCCUCCAGAUGUUGCUGAACUGCAACUCCCAUGAUUCUAUGAAUGAAAUAGGCAGGCAGAGAAUCAUGGUAGUUGUAGUUCAGCAACAUCUGGAGGGCUGGGGUUUGGGGAAGCCUGCUUACUAGACCAUAACUUGUUAUGUUAGAAAAUGUUUUGUUUUCAAAAAUAAUUGCUGGUUAUAGGUAACUUUUCUUUUUUUCUCCCCCCUACAGAGGCUUGUGAAUUAGAUUUCCCUGAUGCUGUCUGUCUGAAUGUCCCAUGAUGCUCAGUCUGCCUGUGCUUCAUGGGAUUGAAGUUAACCAACAUGUACAUGUAAUAGAACUCCUCACCUGUCUGCUUUCUGUGAAGCUGGAACGUGCUGGGGGCUUUAUUAUAUUUUGCAGCGAGUGUGACAGCACCUGUGGGUCACAGGUUUAGUGAAUGGUCCCACGGUAUUUCUAGAUAAGGCUUUCAGAGGCAUAGAAAUGGCUAACCAGAUUACUCUUUCACAGAGAGAGAGAAAAUACAAACUACAUUAUAUUGUUUAUUUUCUCAAUUUCUUGGCAUUUCAACCACAGUUAUAACGUAGCCAGUUCUAAAUUAACCCUUGCAGUGAACGUGACAUUGAAAGUGUUUAGUUUAAAAAUUAAAUAUUUAUUUCCAGACAGCUGACAACUUGUUAAAGCACAACUGUUACUAGUAUUUCAAGUACUCUUUGGUUGGCUGAGAGUGCUUGGAGUUCUAAUCGGACAGUGCAGCAGUGUUUGACAGUCCAAGUGAGCAACAUUACAUUUAAAUACAAGUAGGCCAGUCUGUGUGUCCUGCAACUCCCCCUCCCCCUUCCUUCUGUAAAGUAUACCCUGUGUGGCCUGGGCCCGUGUGUUUGGGGUUGAUCUGCAUUGUUAACAGACGGUAACUAUACAACCCGCCCAUAGUGCAAACAAUGUCUGGUGAAGCAUACAAAACAGUACUGUCGUCUUCCUGAGACAUAACUUUCCCUCCUUUUAAUAAAACGCUGUUAUCAAUUUUCUUUUCGUUUUUUUUGCUUUAUUUUGAAAUCAUGGACAGGGUUAUUCACAAAAGUGAGAAUUGUAAUGUGAAUAGUGAAAUAUAGGCUAAAGUAGUCAAGCUGUAACUAUAGCCAACUUGGAGAUUGUCCCCCCACCCCUCUGCCCCCAGUUCAGCUAUUUCUGCAAUUCAGAAUUCAAUUUGCAACAUUUUGGAGGUUACCAAAUAACCUUAUUUGUAUUUUUGAUUCACUCUUGACUGGAUAGCCCUAUAAAUAAACUGAGAUUUCUUUUAAUUUGUGGCAGAGAUUUCCAUGUUUCAGUCUAUAGUUACAAGAUCACAUAUUAUGGGUGUAUUACAUUGUAUUACGAUACUUCCAUCACAAUACUGCUACAUUGUAUGUACAAUGUAUGUGGUGUAGAGUGCCUGCCUAUUUUAAAGUGGAUCUAUCACUUUUCAUUAUUUUAUAAAGAUAUAAUCCUUAUGAAUUACCCAUCCUUAUUGUGUUGGAAUUUAACUGAAAUUCAUUCCCAUCCCAAAAUACCGUAAGACAGAGAAGGAACUACUUUGUCUUCUGGACCAGCCUGAGAUUGACAAAAAGCAAAGCCCCGUCCUCAGCUUUUGUCCAAUCCCAGCAGCCGUCAAAAACAACGAAUCUAUGGGGGUAUAUACACACAAAAAAACAAUCACUUAACCCCUAAAUAUAAUAGGAAAGUGAGAAGAACCACUUAUCUCAGUGGAUAGUGAUGACAGCUUCCUCCAGGGAUAUCCCAGCAAUAUAUGUAUACACUGGGAAUCUAUGGGGGCUCUGGUGGUCCUACAAAUGAAAGUGACAGAUCCUCUUUAAAGCGGCAUUCUAAUAAUCAAAACAACUUUAGCAUAAAGGGAUACUGUAGGGAAGCUGUAUUCCAGGCACUACCAAUCCCUCGCGCCCCCUCCUACCAGGUUAAUAAAGGGUUAAAAAUCCUUUAUUUACUUACCUGAUCCCAGCACCGAUGUACCCAACAAUAAAACUCAGUGAUGGCAACAAGGAUCCUGAGACUUGUACUUCCAGCAGGAGAGUUAUUUAUUUGUGAAAUUAAAAACACUCCAGCAUUUAGAAUGGGAAUGGAAAAUUUUAGGCUAAAAGGCUGGGAAAUGAGAUGGAGAAUUUUAAUCCACCCUGUGUGAUGAUAUCACAGAGCUCCAUAGCAAUGGAAAAUCAAACUAAUGCACAGUGUGUAUGAGUGUAUCACAGAGCUCCACAGAAAUGAAACUCACAGUAAUGUUCAGUGUGUAUAAUUAGUCCACUGAGCUGCACAGCAAUACAAUUCACAGUAGCAAGCUUCAUGUAUGGUUACGUUAUUAUUCUAAUUUAUAGAGCACUAAAAUAUUCCGCAGUGCUGUAUUACAGGGCGUCAGAAGAACAGAAUUCACAGUAAUCUGUAUGGGUGUAUCACAGAGCUCCACAGCAGUAAUGUUUCACUGAGUACUGCAAUUCUUCACUGGUCUAUUUCAUAUUCUGACCCCCUUCUAAAAAUAUAUAUAAUAAAGAUACUCUUAAAAUGUCCGUGUAUAUUUUUAUGCUUUGGCUUCUGUGUUAUUGCCUGUGAAUUACUAUAGUUCAGUCUCUUUUGUUUCAGUGUAAUGCUGGGACCACUGUUUCACUCCCGGAAUCUCUGCUCUUUGUGUCAACAUUGGAUGGGAGUCUUCAUGCUGUCAGUAAGAAGAGUGGAGAAAUAGUGUGGACUUUAAAAGAUGGUAAGUAAUUGCAAGUAUUGGAAUAAGAAAUUCACAAAGUGUCAUAUUAUUUUUACCAAGCACUAGACCUGGGUGACCAUUCUCACACUCCUGCUCCUGCGCAUAAUAAUUUUUCAAAAAUGUUGUAGCAUGGUUAUACUGGGUAUUAUACUGAAAUCAAAAACCUUAAAGUUGUCCUUCAACUAGUGACCUUUUAUACUGUAAAAAAAAUUGAUAAACCUAACAAUUUUUUGAUUUAGCUUGCAAAAUCGAUCCCCUCUUUCUCAGGCACAAACUUCCAGUCUGUGUCAGGGAAUGUUCCAGCCAGAGGCUUUUCAUUGAGAAUCCACUGUGCUGGAGCAGUAUGCACAUCUUUCCUAUGCUUCUAAAUGAGCUGGGAUACAUCUCAUUGAAAAGGGGGAAGGCAGGCAGACAAUUAAUUUCGAUCUGUGGAACUACUGGAAGCAGAAGAAAGCUUCCUCAGCCAGGGAGGUACUACUACCUUCAAUUAUUAAAAAGCCAAUAUCCAUUUAAUAAGCUAUCACAAAUAUGAUGAAGCUGAAGUGCUUUAUGUGUGUAGAGCAGUCUUUUAAUGAAAUUGCUGUUAAAGUAGGAAAGUGGGGGAAGUGAAAUGAUUGUUGGCAAACACCAGUGAGAUAUCAACCCAUUCAUUAUCAGCAGCCAACAUAAAACCACAGCCUCUUAUCUCAUUUGGCUCCACACAAGACUGCCACGUUGGUCAAGUACCUAGUUUGCAUUUAAAUAUUAUAGUAGUAUUAUAUAUUGUUAUAUUUACAGAGGUGAUUCGGGACUGAGAGAAGGUCUAGUUGUCCUAUAUUCAAUCCCCUGUUACACCUAUACCUUCCGGUCACCUCUAGUCCUCCUUAGUGAAUCGUCGCUAACGUUAUUGAGUAAUGUCAGUUUUAUUAAUAUAUUGUAUACUUAAAUGUCUGUGGGCACUCAGUCAUGAAUAUUUGAUUGGAAGGGUGGAUAAAGGUAAUGCAAGUUAGAAUCCCUUAGUUGGUAACCAACAGGUGAAUAUAUCAGAAAAAAAUAGACUUUAAGUGACAGUCCAGUAACACAUGUUGGGUGCAAUGUGUUGGCUGUGUAUUUGCUAGUUAUGCUAGGUGACAUGUUUAUUAAAGAUGCACACCAAGCACGCUGUAGAGGUUAUGGUACAAGGAGUGCAUCAUGAGUGGUCAAACCAUUUAAGAACAGUUUUACACCAUACUUGGGGUCCAUCCUGCACCAGUUGCUCAUCCUCUGCAGCCAGAAGCUCACUGCAUUGAGCUAACACCUUCCAUGCAGCCACUGACGCUCUCAACCAGUGAGCACUGCAUUACUGCACUGCAAUACUUAGUACAGGGGAGCUAAUGGAAGCUCCUUGGAGGAGUUUACUUUUGAAGGGGAGGCAGCAGUGGGCACCAGGUGUACCAAGAUAAGUUGUCAAACCACAGACCGUUCCUAAACAAUUUGAUCAGUUAGCCUGCAAAGGCGCCAGGGUGUGUGAUUCUAUAAUCUUCUUUAUUUAUAUAAUGUGUUUCUCCAUAUUCCCAUGCGUUCUACCCAUCCUCCAAUCUGCAUUGUUUUAAUUGAUGGCUUUGGUUCCUGGGAGUUCUGGUUAAAAUGUGUUGGCAAUUGAAAUUGAAGGCAAAUCUCAGAAACCCUUUGUGUGUUCAUAAAGCUACUUUCUUCUCUAUCUGAAUAAUAACCAAGAAAGGUUUUUAAGUAUAAAGAAUAAUUGUGGAUCAAAUAUCUAAAAGUGGUGCAGUCAGCAGGCUUUCUGUGGUUAGUGCUCCACUCUUAAACUUUGAGACAGAAUAAAUCUUUCUAGAUAUGCUCCCAUAUGCCAAUCAUCAAAUCACUCAUUGCGAUCUCCUGUUUCAAGUUUCUGUUAGCUCUUUACAUUUGAGAUAUUUGUUUAGCCAAAGGAGUUCUUUUACUCUGAUUCCCAUAACUACCUUUAAUUAUAGGUCUGACUGCUAAUUGCAGGGGAUCCCACUUCACCUAUUUUCAGCUUAAUCUUGUUAUAGGGCACGGCCCACAUAUUAGCCCGGCAAAUCCACAAAUUGCUGUGGACAAACUAUUCUCAUGAUUCGUCCUUAACCCCUUACGGUCCAUCAUGUAUUGUGAUGGUCUGUGUGGGGGAUUUGGAUCAUGGCGGCUGCUUUCUGCGAGGCUUAUUCCUACAAAUAAGUUGCUGAUAAAAUUAUGAUCAAGGCAUCAUGAGAAAUCGAGCAAUUAGCACAGGUUUGCAGAUAUUUUUAUAUAUUCCCUCGCCCAAUUCUGUCCGGUAACCAAACAGAUUUAACCAGCAUCUGAAAUAUCAAAAUAAGAUAUAUCUAUAUCAAACUUGGUACCCACUCCUACAACAGCCUGACGUUCCAAAGUGCAACAUUGGCGACAUUUCUAAUUGCACAUUUAAUUAGAUUUCUGGAGCACAGCGUGAUGGUGAUAGUGUAUUGUGAUUCACCAAUCUGACCGACGGCAGGUAUGGUGACCAUAUGUUUCCGUUUACUGGAGAUUUUUACCCAACAGAAAUAUAUUACAUUUAUUACUGGCCUGCAGAUGGUGUCGUUUUAACUGUCCUCGCUAGAUUUGGGCAAGUGACUUUAUCUGUGUCUGUUACACAUAGAAAGUUUAAUCUUUUUCCUUUUCUUUUCUAGAUCCGGUUAUUCAGGUCCCGCUGUAUGUGGCAGAGUAAGUACAGUAUUUUAUCUAAGCGAUGUCUGGGCACAAUUUGCUUAGAUACAUCUGUAUUUGUGUGAAACCUGUUUUAAACAGACUUUCCGUGGUAACAGUAAACUUUGGCUUGCAGAGCAUUGCAGCAGGGGCAUUGCUAGGGGAGGGCGGACCUGGGCUGAAGCCCCAUGUGGUCUCCUGAAAACGACCAGGUCUGAUUUUACACCAUUUCAUUAUUAGCCCAGUGUUUCCUGAAAAUCUGCGAUCGGAUCUCAAUUUGCUGACUUUCCAGUAACCCAUUCUACUGGUCCUCUAAGUUGUGCAAUUGCUAAUGAUUAAUAAUUUAACAUAAAUGAGGCAGAGUUUUAAAUAUUAAGAGUAGUAUAGAGUGAUAUAGGUGAUAAAACUUGCAGAGAUGAGGGCACGUCCAGAUAGCCAGAAGUAGGCAGGUCAGUAGAUGCUGGUAAUAGUGGGUAACAAGAAGAUUGGAUGGGCUGAUGUGUGCAGGAUGUUGUGGACUGGUCUGAAAUGGGGUGGAGGCCUUGGAGGGAUCUGACUUGUGAGGUAGGUAGCAGAGUAUCCGUGUGUAGUAGUUAUAGUAGUUGGCGUUAAACAGUGGAUCAUGGGAGUCAGAAAUGGGCAGAGAUGUCUGAUGUGGUCAGGGGAUCUAUUUUUUGAAGUGGACAGAAUAAUCUUGGCGAGCGUGAGUUGUGUUCUCACAGGAUACUCAAUAACCUUAUCUGUUAACAUAAUUAUUUGUCUCAUGUGAGCUGUUAAAUUGUUACAAUCAUUUGUAAAGUGCUGCAAUAUAUGUUUGCACUAUACAAAUCAUGUUUGUAGAAGCAGUCUGAAGAAUAGAUGUGAAGCCGUGUACCGGUAAGAGGUCCCUUCUGAAGUUGUGAUUUAGAGCUGAUCAGCCGUAACUGUCUGUGGCCCCCUCAGCACCCUGUGAUGUGUACACAGGGUGAAUGCUAAAGAAAUAGAAGAGGUGGCUUAACGCUAGUGGCACUGGGCAGCCUCAAAUACAUUUUAAAUAGUUUAGUGAAUGAGUGCUGUUUUAGGGGCUGGAAACACAAUGAUAAAGCACACGUAUUAUUUUCCCUAAUUCUCAUUUCACUGUUAUGUAUUUUUAAUAUUAGCAAUAGUAUUAAUGUUUGCGUUCCUUUACAUCUCCUGGUCGGCAUGAGAUUAGUGGAAGUUACACUCCGGGAUUACCUAGAGUAAGGUAGAUUGAAGGAGUUCUGAGGAGCGUGAUACAGUGUGUCCUCAGUUUAAUUUAAAUAGUAUGUUUAUAGUGCACAGAUCUUUAUACAGAGGGUAAAAACAUGGAAUCCUCAGAUUGUUACCCAUUACUAUAUGUGAGGGGGUUCCAUUGUAUCUAGGUGAUUUACCCAUUACUAUAUGUGAAGGGGUUCCAUUGUAUCUAGGUGAUUUACCCAUUACUAUAUGAGAGGGGGUUCCAUUGUAUCCAGGUGAUUUACCCAUUACUAUAUACGAGGGUUCCAUUGUAUCUAGGUGAUUUACCCAUUACUAUAUGUGAGGGGGUUCCAUUGUAUCCAGGUGAUUUACCCAUUACUAUAUGCGAGGGUUCCAUUGUAUCUAGGUGAUUUACCCAUUACUAUAUGUGAGGGGGUUCCAUUGUAUCUAGGUGAUUUACCCAUUACUAUAUGUGAGGGGGUUCCAUUGUAUCCAGGUGAUUUACCCAUUACUAUAUGAGGGGGUUCCAUUGUAUCCAGGUGAUUUACCCAUUACUAUAUGAGGGGGUUCCAUUGUAUCCAGGUGAUUUACCCAUUACUAUAUGUGAGGGGGUUCCAUUGUAUCUAGGUCAUUUACCCAUUACUAUACAGGGAGUGCAGAAUUAUUAGGCAAAUGAGUAUUUUGACCACAUCACCCUUUUUUAUGCAUGUUGUUUUACUCCAAGCUGUAUAGGCUCGAAAGCCUACUACCAAUUAAGCAUAUUAGAUGAUGUGCAUCUCUGUAAUGAGAAGGGGUGUGGUCUAAUGACAUCAACACCCUAUAUCAGGUGUGCAUAAGUAUUAGGCAACUUCCUUUCCUUUGGCAAAAUGGGUCAAAAGAAGGACUUGACAGGCUCAGAAAAGUCAAAAAUAGUGAGAUAUCUUGCAGAGGGAUGCAGCACUCUUAAAAUUGCAAAGCUUCUGAAGGGUGAUCAUCGAACAAUCAAGCGUUUCAUUCAAAAUAGUCAACGGGGUCGCAAGAAGCGUGUGGAAAAACCAAGGCGCAAAAUAACUGCCCAUGAACUGAGAAAAGUCAAGCGUGCAGCUGCCACGAUGCCACUUGCCACCAGUUUGGCCAUAUUUCAGAGCUGCAACAUCACUGGAGUGCCCAAAAGCACAAGGUGUGCAAUACUCAGAGACAUGGCCAAGGUAAGAAAGGCUGAAAGGCGACCACCACUGAACAAGACACACAAGCUGAAACGUCAAGACUGGGCCAAGAAAUAUCUCAAGACUGAUUUUUCUAAGGUUUUAUGGACUGAUGAAAUGAGAGUGAGUCUUGAUGGGCCAGAUGGAUGGGCCCGUGGCUGGAUUGGUAAAGGGCAGAGAGCUCCAGUCCGACUCAGACGCCAGCAAGGUGGAGUACUGGUUUGGGCUGGUAUCAUCAAAGAUGAGCUUGUGGGGCCUUUUCGGGUGGAGGAUGGAGUCAAGCUCAACUCCCAGUCCUACUGCCAGUUCCUGGAAGACACCUUCUUCAAGCGGUGGUACAGGAAGAAGUCUGCAUCCUUCAAGAAAAACAUGAUUUUCAUGCAGGACAAUGCUCCAUCACACGCGUCCAAGUACUCCACAGCGUGGCUGGCAAGAAAGGGUAUAAAAGAAAUCUAAUGACAUGGCCUCCUUGUUCACCUGAUCUGAACCCCAUUGAGAACCUGUGGUCCAUCAUCAAAUGUGAGAUUUACAAGGAGGGAAAACAGUACACCUCUCUGAACAGUGUCUGGGAGGCUGUGGUUGCUGCUGCGCGCAAUGUUGAUGGUGAACAGAUCAAAACACUGACAGAAUCCAUGGAUGGCAGGCUUUUUGAGUGUCCUUGCAAAGAAAGGUGGCUAUAUUGGUCACUGAUUUGUUUUUGUUUUGUUUUUGAAUGUCAGAAAUGUAUAUUUGUGAAUGUUGAGAUGUUAUAUUGGUUUCACUGGUAAUAAUAAAUAAUUGAAAUGGGUAUAUAUUUGUUUUUGUUAAGUUGCCUAAUAAUUAUGCACAGUAAUAGUCACCUGCACACACAGAUAUCCCCCUAACAUAGCUAUAACUAAAAACAAACUAAAAACUACUUCCAAAAAUAUUCAGCUUUGAUAUUAAUGAGUUUUUUGGGUUCAUUGAGAACAUGGUUGUUGUUCAAUAAUAAAAUUAAUCCUCAAAAAUACAACUUGCCUAAUAAUUCUGCACUCCCUGUAUGUGAGGGGGUUCCAUUGUAUCCAGGUGAUUUACCCAUUACUAUAUGCGAGGGUUCCAUUGUAUCUAGGUGAUUUACCCAUUACUAUAUGAGAGGGUUCCAUUGUAUCCAGGUGAUUUACCCAUUACUAUAUGAGAGGGUUCCAUUGUAUCUAGGUGAUUUACCCAUUACUAUAUGAGAGGGGGUUCCAUUGUAUCUAGGUGAUUUACCCAUUACUAUAUGUGAGGGUUCCAUUGUAUCCAGGUGAUUUACCCAUUACUAUGUGAGAGGGUUCCAUUGUAUCCAGGUGAUUUACCCAUUACUAUAUGUGAGGGGGUUCCAUUGUAUCCAGGUGAUUUACCCAUUACUAUAUGCGACGGUUCCAUUGUAUCCAGGUGAUUUACCCAUUACUAUAUGAGAGGGUUCCAUUGUAUCUAGGUGAUUUACCCAUUACUAUAUGUGAGGGGAUUCCAUUGUAUCUAGGUGAUUUACCCAUUACUAUAUGUGAGGGGGUUCCAUUGUAUCUAGGUGAUUUACCCAUUACUAUAUGCGACGGUUCCAUUGUAUCCAGGUGAUUUACCCAUUACUAUAUGAGAGGGGGUUCCAUUGUAUCUAGGUGAUUUACCCAUUACUAUAUGUGAGGGGAUUCCAUUGUAUCUAGGUGAUUUACCCAUUACUAUAUGUGAGGGGGUUCCAUUGUAUCCAGGUGAUUUACCCAUUACUAUAUGAGGGGGUACCAUUGUAUCCAGGUGAUUUACCCAUUACUAUAUGAGAGGGGGUUCCGUUGUAUCUAGGUGAUUUACCCAUUACUAUAUGAGGGGGUUCCAUUGUAUCUAGGUGAUUUACCCAUUACUAUAUGAGAGGGGGUUCCGUUGUAUCUAGGUGAUUUACCCAUUACUAUAUGAGGGGGUUCCAUUGUAUCCAGGUGAUUUACCCAUUACUAUAUGAGGGGGUUCCAUUGUAUCUAGGUCAUUUACCCAUUACUAUAUGUGAGGGGGUUCCAUUGUAUCCAGGUGAUUUACCCAUUACUAUAUGUGAGGGUUCCAUUGUAUCCAGUGUGAUUGAUUUACCCAUUACUAUAUGCGAGGGUUCCAUUGUAUCUAGGUGAUUUACCCAUUACUAUAUGUGAGGGGGUUCCAUUGUAUCCAGGUGAUUUACCCAUUACUAUAUGUGACGGUUCCAUUGUAUCCAGGUGAUUUACCCUUUACUAUAUGAGAGGGUUCCAUUGUAUCCAGGUGAUUUACCCAUUACUAUAUGAGAGGGUUCCAUUGUAUCUAGGUGAUUUACCCAUUACUAUAUGAGAGGGUUCCAUUGUAUCUAGGUGAUUUACCCAUUACUAUAUGUGAGGGUUCCAUUGUAUCCAGGUGAUUUACCCAUUACUAUAUGUGAGGGGGUUCCGUUGUAUCCAGGUGAUUUACCCAUUACUAUAUGAGGGGGUUCCAUUGUAUCCAGGUGAUUUACCCAUUACUAUAUGUGAGGGGGUUCCAUUGUAUCCAGGUGAGUUACCCAUUACUAUAUGUGAGGGUUCCAUUGUAUCCAGGUGAUUUACCCAUUACUAUAUGCGAGGGUUCCAUUGUAUCCAGGUGAUUUACCCAUUACUAUAUGCGAGGGUUCCAUUGUAUCUAGGUGAUUUACCCAUUACUAUAUGCGAGGGUUCCAUUGUAUCUAGGUGAUUUACCCAUUACUAUAUGAGGGGGUUCCAUUGUAUCCAGGUGAUUUACCCAUUACUAUAUGUGAGGGGGUUCCAUUGUAUCCAGGUGAUUUACCCAUUACUAUAUGCGACGGUUCCAUUGUAUCCAGGUGAUUUACCCAUUACUAUAUGAGAGGGUUCCAUUGUAUCCAGGUGAUUUACCCAUUACUAUAUGCGACGGUUCCAUUGUAUCCAGGUGAUUUACUCAUUACUAUAUGAGAGGGGGUUCCAUUGUAUCUAGGUGAUUUACCCAUUACUAUAUGUGAGGGGGUUCCAUUGUAUCCAGGUGAUUUACCCAUUACUAUAUGAGAGGGGGUUCCGUUGUAUCUAGGUGAUUUACCCAUUACUAUAUGAGGGGGUUCCAUUGUAUCUAGGUGAUUUACCCAUUACUAUAUGAGGGGGUUCCAUUGUAUCCAGGUGAUUUACCCAUUACUAUAUGCGAGGGGGUUCCAUUGUAUUUAGGUGAUUUACCCAUUACUAUAUGCGAGGGUUCCAUUGUAUCCAGGUGAUUUACCCAUUACUAUAUGCGAGGGUUCCAUUGUAUCCAGGUGAUUUACCCAUUACUAUAUGCGAGGCUUCCGUUGUAUCCAGGUGAUUUACCCAUUACUAUAUGCGAGGGUUCCAUUGUAUCCAGGUGAUUUACCCAUUACUAUAUGAGGGGGUUCCAUUGUAUCCAGGUGAUUUACCCAUUACUAUAUGUGAGGGGGUUCCAUUGUAUCCAGGUGAUUUACCCAUUACUAUAUGUGAGGGGGUUCCAUUGUAUCUAGGUGAUUUACCCAUUACUAUAUGAGGGGGUUCCAUUGUGUCCAGAAUGCUGACUCUGCGCUCUUUUUCCUCAGACCAGCUUUCCUGCCAGAUCCCAGUGAUGGCAGCUUGUACAUCCUGGGAGGAAGGAAUAAAGAAGGGCUCAUGGUGAGUUAUGGACCAUUAAAUCCAAUAUGUCAUGUUGUUCAUCCUUAUUGCCUCCUGCAGCCUCUGUUGCCCUUGUUUGUCCAGAGGAUCCUCCAGCUCUUGUUCUGCAGGGCACAGGGGUCCCAAACACAGGGGAUCCUGGGCUUUGCAGUUAUCUUGUAGUGUGUGAUUAGGCGGCUUUGCAAGUACCCACUACACUCCCUGUGUGUCUGCAUGUAUUGUAUUGUCUAAAAUCCCCAUUCUCUUUAUCCUGGCCUCCGCAGUGGGCUGUCUGUAUUUCUGAUCCCUGGAGUGUCCCUUCGUUCUUGAUUUAUGCUACCUAUCUGAUUUUGGGUCAGGAUUGAGCUUGCCUUGCUGAUCUUUUCGAUUUGUUUGAUUUCUUUCUUUUCAUACCUUUUCCUCUUCUGCUUUCUGGAGGACUGUCUCCAUUCCCAAUUCUACAUUAGGUGGGUCCACCAUCGAUAUGUGCUUCUCUUAUAGACAUGAGCAAAAAUUUAUUUCAUCCAUAAAAUAAUCAAAUUCCUUUUUAAUCCAGAUUCUCAUUAAUCGUUCUGUCUAGAAAAUAAUUGCGUAAAUCAACUGGUUUUGUAUUCUCAGUAUAAAUAUAGACACUGAUAAAGUAUUUCCGUUUUCAAUAAAUACUCUGCAUACCACAACCCCUACAGCCUUUGGCAGAGGUAUGAUGCAAAGAUGGUUUCAGCACCUUUUUAUUGUGUCGUUUUACAAACAAAGGGGCUCUUUCACACCUAAAGCCCCCAUUACACUGUGGUUGUACUGUCCAGCUCUCGCCAGUCAUGACGGUCUUAGAGAACUUGGAGUUUAGUUAUAAUGGCGUGCUCAGCCCAUCGUUACCGUCUAAGGACAGACAGCUAGCACGGAGGCUUACUUCUGUAUUAUCCAAACAUCAGAAGAAAAAAAACAAGCUGUAGGUGCAGAAAACUCUAGAUUUAAAAAAAUAAAAAAUAAUUUUGGUUAAUAAGCUUCAAAAUUGUUUGUGAUAAACUGUGGAGACAGCGCCCAAAGACUCUUUAUACCAUAAUCUAUACAGUGAACUGCGGUGGUUUGGGUGCGUAGAGUGAACUUUUCACUUUAGUUUCUGAAAACUUUCUAAAAUAUACAUUGACUUUUUUUUAUUUUUUUAUUUUGGCACAUGGCUGUGUAGUUAUCAGUGAAAGUCAUCCAAGAUCUUACACUUUGUGGCAACAUUCUUGUCCACAUUCUGUAAACUUAGGUGUGUGUGUGUGUACAGACAUUUAUGCAGACAAAUUCAUUUCACUCUCUCAUGUUCCCUAGAAAUUGCCAUUCACCAUCCCAGAGCUGGUCCAGUCAUCUCCGUGUCGAAGCUCCGAUGGAAUUCUAUAUACAGGUAGCCACACCGGGGUGUGAGUGUAAUUUUAUAUACAACUUUCUUAUAAAAUGGACCAUACUGCUAGCUAAACUUCACAAUAUGUGAUUUCAAUCAAAAACACAAAUAUCCACAUUAUAUAAAAAUUCACUGUGUUCUUAAAGGACAAUAAAAUGUGAACGUAAUUGUGGCUUUAGCUAUUCUGUUUAAAAUAUGCAAUGAAUGGACACUCUGGACCCCUAAAGCACUUUAGCUUACUGCGGUGCUUGAUGUGUGAAGCGUUUGUCCUAUUUUUUUCACUUCACAAAUAGUGCAUAUAUCAAUAGAAAAUGACAAUUUUAUAAAUUAACCUUGUUACACCCUUCUAGCUGUCAGUCAGACAACCAGUUCUCUUACUUCCUGGUUUGGUUAGCUUAGUGGAGAUAAACUCAAGAGGCAGCAAUUGCUCAGAGAACCUAUGUUGCAAAGACUUCUCAUUGAGCUGCAUUGUAAUUGGACAGUCACAGAAAGUCUGGAUGUGGUUAGAAGGGUAGGGCUUGCAAAGGCUGCAGACAAGAAAUCUGCAGCUUUUGCAAUCUGUUUUCAGAUAUACCCCCAAUACAAAAAAGUGCCUUAUUAAAUGUGUGAAUGGUUUUUAUCAUAGUAUAUCUACUAAAUACUAUAUUUUUUUCUUUGGUGAAGGAGUAUUGGGUGUCUCUUUAAGGGCUUGUUUUUUUCUAUUUUAUUUAGUUUUUCCUGUAAAUAGGAGACCUCUCUAUGCUUUUCUAUAUAAAGAAGCGGCAUUACAUAUACCCCAUAAAUAGUUGGCUCAGGACCUAUGAAUAAAAUAUCAGAUAAUUUGGAUUCUUAAAGGACCACUAUAGUGCCAGGAAAACAUACUCGUUUUCCUGGCACUAUAGUGCCCUGAGGGUGCCCCCACCCUCAGGGUCCCCCUCCCGCCCGGCUCUAGGGAGAGGAAAGGGUUAAAACUUACCUUUUCUCCAGCACCGGGCGGGGAGCUCUCCGCCUCCGAUCCUCCUCCUCUCCUCCCUUUCGGCUGAAUGCGCACGCGCGGCAAGAGCUGCUCGCGCAUUCAGCCGGUCUCAUAGGAAAGCAUUUAUAAUGCUUUCCUAUGGACACUUGCGUAUUCCCACUGUGAUUUUCACAGUGAGAAUCACGCAAGCUCCUCUAGCGGCUGUCAAUGAGACAGCCGCUAGAGGCUUUGAGGGCUGGAUUAACCUAUUUAUAAACAUAGCACUUUCUCUGAAACUGCUAUGUUUAUAAAAAAAAAAAAAGCGUUAAUCCUAGAGGGACCUGGCACCCAGACCACUUCAUUAAGCUGAAGUGGUCUGGGUGCCCAGAGUGGUCCUUUAAUCUACAUCAGUUGUCAUGGAAACAAAUGGAAUGUUCAUGUUAAAUGCUCCAAAUUUACAAAUGUCACCAGGACUGCUCUUUACACCUAUCAUCCAUUGUUUCUGGCUUGUGGACAAUAAACUGAAUAGAUGCAAAUACCAUUAACCUCAAAGUGGUGACAGCAGUAGCUCUGCUUUUGAGCAUUUAGAAAAUCUUGUUAGUUCUCCCUACAGUUGACUUACUCUGGUAAUUCUCUUGGGCAGGCAAGAAGCAGGACUCAUGGUUUGUUGUGGAUCCCAAAUCAGGAGAGAAGCAGACAACUCUAUCCACUGAGUCUUCAGACGGCCUGUGUCCGUCCUCGCCGCUCCUGUACAUCGGACGCACGCGUGAGUUAUGUUGCACAUUAUUUAACAUACUUGUUGUAUUAGCUGGGAGUAGAAUGAAGCAGGAUACUAGAUCCCAAUAUCAUAUCAUGCCUAUCGGUCGGUAAGAGAUUAUGUCUAUAUGACCUUGCCUGAUUUAGUUGAGUUGUUAUAUGGUCCCAAUGCAGUAUGUCACUCUACGUGACGAUCACUGAUUUGUCUGUACUGUUCUGUGUUAUUGUCUUUAGUAUAUAUCUUAAUAAGAUAUUCUACUUUGUGCAACUUGCUUCUUUUCCAAAGGACUCCAAAAAAAGUCUUCUUGACUGAGUUAAUUCAACAGUUGGUUUUAUAAUUUUAUAACUCAUUUGUUUAACUUAUGUUGUUUAAGUAUUUUUACUAUUUAUAUAGCGCCAACAGAACAUGUACGCUGUGCAGUACAACUCAAAUAUAGAAUAAAACAUGUAAGCUAAUCAGGACAUGCUAAGAUUAACAGCAGGAGGUGGGAUUGAGCGCCCUGCUCAAAUAAGUUUACAAGGAUCUAGCUGAACUAUGUUCAUUGCGACAAUAUUGCUGUAAAAAGAAAGAGUUGUCAGCGUGACUUGCUGUGUCUGACCGAGCUCUGUUGUCUUCUCCAGAGUACAUGAUCACAAUGUAUGACACAAAGUCACGCGAACUGCGCUGGAAUGCCACUUACCUCGACUACUCUGCACCCUUUUGUGAUGAGAGCUAUGAAUACAGUAAGUACUUCUGGGUAAGAAGAGAAUUUGGGGGUAGAUAAGCAAAGAGUUGAUUAUUAGAGGGUGGGAUAUUUUUUUUUCUCUAAACAGUGUCUUGUAGUGAAUUGAAAUUGCAAAAACUUGUGCGAAAGCUGAUUUGGAGUAAUUGUGAUAAUCUGCAGUUUUUCCAACUGUUUUGUUUGUGCAGUUUAAUAGCACCUUGUUGUCUACACAGAGAUGGCGCACUUUGCAUCCACCGGGGAUGGUAUGCUGGUUACAGCUGAUAAAGUCAGUGGGGAGGUGCUGUGGAUGCAGAACUAUGGCUCUCCAGUUGUCGGACUCUUCCUUUGGCACCAGGACAGCUUGCGGCGUAUUCCGCACCUCAAUGUUGCCAUGGAAACCCUGCGCUACUUGACUUUCAACUCUCAUGACAUCCGGCUCAUCAAAUGGAACUAUCAAGCUGUGCAAGACCUCAGCAGCACCAAGACGCACUUAUUGUAAGUGAACGUUCCAUUCACAGUGACAUGGAAUGCAACCCGCCAACGCGUUUUACUAUAAUGAAAUCAGUUCCUUACAGGCAUAACAUGCAUUACCUCUAUUUACCAAAAAUAUUUUUUUUUUAAAAAGGAAUGCUAUUGGUUUAGUUUUUUUGUUUUGUUUUUUUUUUUAAUAUAAAUUACAUUAUCAUCUUAAUCUGGGGAUAGUGUGGCUAAAGAGAAGGGUAUAUGGUGCGUCAUUCUGCAAAAAAAGUUUUAUGCAAAACCUAUAAAGAUUUGACUAUGCAAACUUACGCUCGCUCCCUUCCUAUGGAAUAGCCCGCCUAUCGCCAUCAGACUCUCCCCUAGUCUUCAAUUGUUUAAGAAGUGCAUUAAAACCCAUCUCUUUAGGAAAGCUUAUGGCCUCCCAGACUAACCUCUACCUCACAUACCUGUCUCUUGCUCUCUCCUAAAGGACAGCACUCUACUCUCUCCUCCAGCUCUGCUUCACUCCCACCUUACUUGAUUGAUAUUUUCUGACCUAAUGUGUUUUAUACCCCACCUCCUAUAGACUGUAAGCUUGUUUGAGCAGGGUCCUCUUCAACCUAUCGUUCCUGUAAGUUUUCUUGUAAUUGUCCUAUUUAUAGUUAAAUCCCACCUCUCAUAAUAUUGUAAAGCGAUACGGAAUCUGUUGGCGCUAUAUAAAUGGCAAUAAUAAUAAUAAUGACUUAUUUUAUUUUAAGUGGCAUUGGAAUGUAAUAAACUGUAUUUGUUUGCAUAAGCACCGCUAACCUUUUUAGUAUUUCUUAUACCUGCUACGUAAUAGUGAUCCACUGCUACGCUUGGAUCUGUCUGCAACCCUUGUAAUAGCUCUAAACAGUCUAUUUGGAGUGGUAAAAAUUUUGAUUAUUUUUUUUCUUCUAUUGCUUGGACGCAGGCCAUCGGUUUAUGUGGGUAAACAAGCGUCAGGUUUUUAUGCAUCCACUUCUUUGAUCCACGAGGGAGUCGCUGUUGUGGUGAGACCAAUACUUCUUACCUCUAUUCAUUUCGGGGUUUUUUUGGUUACUGAUAUAUAUUUGUUUUUUUAAAUAAAAUUUCAAGUGCUUAUGAAAAGUGUAAUAAAGAUAAAAAAAAAAUGUUUUAAAAUCCAUAUAGAAAUCUAAGAGCAGGUGCCUGCUGGGUAAUGUUGUGUAAGAAUCAAUGUGUCUAAAAGCUGAACUAUUUAAAGAUAUGUUAAAGGGACACCUUGAGCACCCAAACACUACAUCUUAAAGGGGCAUUCUAAACACCAAAUCAACUUUAGUUAAAUUAAGCCGUGUUGGUGUAUAGACCAUGCCCCUGCAGUCUCGCUGCUCAGUUCUCUGCCAUUUAGGAGUUAGAUCACUUUGUUUAUGGUUUUGGUGCAUAGAUGUUGUCGCCUUCGUCUGGCAAUGUAAAGUAUUGCUCUUUCUGAAAAACAGCAUUGUUUACAUAUUACAGCCAGCCACUAGAGCCGUUCCCCCUGAAGACCAUCGAUUUCUCGAUGAGGUCUUCACGUUUGGCAUCAUCAAGCACAGCAUUUUGGAUCCUGCUUGACUUUUGAAUUUUGGAUUUCAAUUCACUACAGUUUGCUCUUUGUUGCUUUACAAACACUUUACAUUUUGCACAUACUCUCUAAUCUGUAAUUUCAAAGUGUCCUAUAAAUAUGGCAGACAUUGCAUCCUGUCCAAAACUUGGAAUAUUUUUUCCCGCUUAGCCACGAGGGAUUACCUUGGUCCAAGUGGAAGGGCCCACCACAAAUGACGUCACCCUGAAGGAGUCCAGAGAGUUUGGUGUGACACCCAGCACAGAUGUCAAGUAUGCACAAGGGAGCAUAGUGUCUGCUCACCAGUGGCUGUUGAUAGGUAAAGGGGUUUUAUAUUGGUCAUAUUAUUCCUUUUUAAUUCGUCUGUAUAUCUAAGAUGCAGGGGAGGAACUAAUGUAGAGAGGGUUGUUUUGCAAGAAAUAUUUUGGGCCCUCCUCUAUCUCAAGAGUGGCAAAAAGAUCGACCCUCAACUGUUGCAAAACCCCCAUAAUGCUUUGCCAGCUGGAGAUCGAUCAUUUCUUCAAUGCAGGGUUGUAUGUGUGAGCAUUGUUUGUAAGUUUGAAGGUAAACAUGUAUGCGUUUGGAAUGUGUGUGUAAAUACAUGGAUGUAUUGUAGUGUAGAGUUGUAUUUGAAUGCAGGGUGUAUUUGAGGGUAGUAUUGGCGUUUGAACUCAGGGGUGUAUUUGUGUGUAGUCACGGCUAGACGUGUGCACAAAUCCCGUUUAGCUGUCCUGAAUGAAUCAAAUGCCUCUCAAUCCAUGGACGAACAAAUCUGUUUGUUAUGAAAAGCUGAAUUAAUCAAUUAGUUUGUUCAUAGACUGACAGGCAUUUAAUUUGUUCAGCACAGUCUAGGCUUGAUGUCUGGAUUCGGGGGCAUAAUCACCUAUAGCACAUACAUUGACACACAUGUGACACGAAUACAUACACACAGAUAUACCUAUACAUAUAUACACAUACACACAAAGAAAUAAGUCACAAAAUGCAUAUUUGAGCCACCCUCCUAUCUUAAUAACUUGGGCUUUCCAAAGAACCUAAAGGAAUUGAUAAUGAUAAAGGCAUGUUUUUUUUAUUUAUAUAUAUAUAUAUAUAUAUAUAUAUAUAUAUCACACACUUAUUAGUUCUUAGCAUUUUAUAUAAAAACAUUUUUAAUUGCAAAAAAACUGGAGGAACACUGCGAUGACUCCCCACAUGGACUAUCCUCCAAUGAAGGGCAGCCAACUAAAGUUUCAGUAGUAGCUGUGAUCUGUCCUGCAUUGUAAACUAGCAAUGGCAUACUCCCAGCUACGGUCAGAUGUACAGCGCUGCGGAGUAUGUUUUUUUUUGUUUUUUUUUUGUAAGCAUAAUUAUAAUUGCUGAUGGGAAUCUGUGCUGUAACCACAAAGAAUCGUAAAAUGUCUUCAGCAAAUCUUUGGGCAUCCAAUGCAUUAAAUUAUUUGCUUACCCUAUAGGUCACCAUGAGUUGCCUCCUGUUGUUCACACCACAAUGCUGAGAGCGUUUCCUGAGACCUUGCGGAGGGACACAGAAACAAUCAUUCGUGGCCCUGUGCCACGGACACUCUUUGAUGAUGUAAGCAAAGCGAUCAGGUGCCAAACACAAAUGGUUACAAAUCUAAGAGUUUGUAGAGGAAAUAGCAUUCAAAAUCUAUUGGGUGUACAGGUGAUGUUUCCCAACAAGUUUGCAAUUAGAAUAAAAACAUUAAAAAGACCCUCACAAUUGAAGUUCCUGCAUUGUGCUGUAUAUUACAAGACUUUGCAGCUUCUGUAAUGAGCCCUGCUGGGGUCAGGAAGAAAGUCCAGCUAAUUCAGUGCUAAGCUGUUCAAAUAAAUCCCUACCCAGCAGUGCUUUAUGGAUACAACAAGAGGGACUGGGAUUUGUAGUUCAAUUGUCCACUUUCUGCUUUUCAAGGCUGACAGCUGAACUACAAAUCCCAGAACCUCUUCCUGUGCAGCCUCAGGGGAUUACAAUUCUUGUAUGGACAUGCGGAGGUAGGGGAGCAUAUUGCUAUGAACCAAAGUUAUGGUGCUUGAAGUGUCCCUUUAACUGUUUAGUGGUGGAUCACUCUCUUAAAAGUGGGUAUGCCUAAAACAGUGACUAGAGCUUGUACCAGCAUUCAUACUACAGCGGUCCCAUACCCAGCAACUAUUAUCCACAACAGAAAAUAUUACAUGCUAAAGGAAUGCUCAAUAUGAUAAAGCAAAAUUUGGAUCAACUAAACAAACUUAAGGGGCAAAAUGCAGACACCUCGCAUCACUGUAAUGAUUGAUGAAAUCUGGAAGUUGUUCCUAGUCUGUAGCAUCAUCGUGCCUCGCAGGACCACCCACCACUAUGAAAAUGGGUGUCUAGAUCCGAUAUGAUACCGCUCCUGCUAUUGCGGGAUACAAUUACAAUGAUGCUUUGCCAAUAUCCACCAUAAGACUUCUAGUUAGAGGCUGGUGGAGUAUUAUGGGAGUUGGGGGAGCAAAAUUUUGUAUACCCCAUUCGAGGAAGUUGACUUGUGCGUCUUGCAGUAUAUUCAUCUCCAAUUGCAGAUUGAUUACUUACUAUCUGUUCUGUCUCUGACAUUCUUCAGUUCACGACCCCCCAAAAUCAAGCCGAGUUCUCUCAAGAUGACGUGGAGGGUCGUUUGAAGUCGGACUCUAGCAAAGUAGAAACAAGCAAUGUGCUACUCGAGUCUUCAAUGUCCAGCAUGCUCACUGCGGUCAUCAUAGCAUUGCUGGUUGGAGGAUGGGUGCUAUUUGCACUAACAUACCCCAGGGUAAGUGGAUAUACAGCUGUAUAAGCGGUUUGUUUGAAAAUAUAGCAAGGUGCAUGUUGAGCAUUGUAAAAUCUCUGUUUCUUCUUCUGUGUCUUUCUCCAGUUGAUUGAGAUAGAGAUAUAUAUAUGUUACAGGAUAAUGGACGUUCAACAGCAGAUGGUAAUUGCUGGACUCCUGAAGGGAGAGUUACAUCGUUGUACAGGAAUAAGAGCCGAGAGAGAGAGACCUUGUGUCCCUUUAAGUUACUAUAUAGAUGUUCCCAUACUGACGUCAGAGUAUAACUCUAGCCAUAUAAAGACAAAACCCCCAACCCACAUUCCAGAAUUCUCAUACAAGAAAACCUUGUGACUUAUACCAUCUAGAGUUGAGCAGACACUGUAAAAAAACAACUAUCGCACCCCUGCGCGGUGAGUGGGGGCCAUAAAUAAGAAUUUGGGGGGGGCCUACCCCUGAGUGGUGGGGGCCAUAAAUAAAAAAUGUCCUCCCCCCCCCACCCCUGCGCGGCGGGUGGAGGCCCUAAAUAACAAUAAGGGAGGGGGACCUAAUGUGCUCCCCCCGGGCCCCCACCCCUGUGAGGCGGGUGGGGGCCCUAAAUAACAAUAAAGGGGGACCUAAUGUCCUCCCCCCCCCCCGGCCCCCACCCCAGCGCACCGGAUGGGGGCCCUAAAUAAAAAUUCCCCUCCCCCAGGUGACAAGGGGUCCCCAAACCCCUAAUUACCCCCCUUCCCCCAAAAAAAAUUACCCCUACCUACCUUCCUCAUCCUAAAAAUAAUGGGGGGGAAAAAAAUAGCCUUCCAUUUGAUGUCUUCUUUCUUCUAAAAUCUUCUUUUUUCAGCCCCAAAAAAGGCCAAAUAAAAAUCCAGAAUAACCGACACACUUUAAAAAACAAACAAACAAACAAACAAAAAAAACGAGCACAAAUAAAAAAAAAAAAAUCCUUCUUCACCCAUGGAGGGCUCCGCAGACUGAGCUCUGCAGGGUUGGGAAGGCUUAUAAAGCCUUGCCCCGCCCUGCAGUUAUGCUCAGAGCACUCUGAUUGGUGGGUUUAAGCCAUUCAAUCAGAGUGCUCUGACAGGUAAAUGAAGAGACUGACAGGUAAGUCUCUCUACAUUUACCUGUCACAGCACUCUGAUUGGUUGGAUUGAAAUCCACCAAUCAGAGUGCACUGUGUCAUUUAACACAGCGUGGGAAAGUUCUUUGGAAUUUUCCCAUGCUGUGUAAAAUGACACAGAGCACUCUGGUGGAUUUCAAGCCAACCAAUCAGAGUGCUGUGACAGGUAAAUGUAGAGACUUACCUGUCCGUCCCUUCAUUUACCUGUCAGAGCACUCUGAUUGGAUGGCUUAAACCCACCAAUCAGAGUGCUCUGAGCCUAAUUGUAGGACGGGGCAAGGCUUUAUAAGCCUUCCCAACCCUGCAGAGCUCAGUCUGCGCGGAGCCCUCCAUGGGUGAAGAAGGAUUUUUUAUUUUUUUUUUGUAAAGUGCGUAGGUUAUUCUGGAUUUUUAUUUGGCCUUUUUUGGGGCUGGAAAAAGAAGAUUUUAGAAGAAAGAAGACAUCAAAUGGUAAGUCUAUUUUUUUUUUACAGGUAUUUAGACAAGGGUCCCCCCUUAUUUGUUUUAGGAUGAGGGGGUAGGUAAGGGUAAUUUUUUUGGGGAGGAGGGUGUGACUAGGGGUUUGGGGACCCCUAGUCACCUGGGGGGGGGAUUUUUAUUUAUGGCCCACACCCACCGCUUGGUGGGGGGGGGAUGGGGGGCAGAGGACAUUAGGUCCCCCCCUUAUUGUUAUUUAGGGCCCCCACCCGCCGCGGAGGGGUGGGGGCCGGGGGGGGAGGACGUUAGGUCCCCUCCCCCAAUUUUUAUUUAUGGCCCCCAUCAACCGCUCAGGGGGGAGGACAUUAGGCCCCCCCCCCUUAUUGUUAUUUAGGGCUGCCGCACAGAGGUGGGAGCCGGGGCAGAGGACAGUAGGUCCCCCCUUUAUUGUUAUUUAGGGCCCCCAUCCGCCGCACAGGUGUGGGGGAGAGGAGGACGACAAUAGGUCCCCUUUUAGUUAAAAAGCCCCCACUCGCGCGUCGUGGGUAGGGGCUCAGGAGGGGGGAAUUUUUUUUUUUUUUUUAAACAGUGAGUAGCCAUAGGCUGCUCACUGUUUAAUAGACAAGCCCCUACUCGCGGUGUAGCGAGUAGGGGCAUCAUUUACUAAUACUAAGUGACCAGCUUUUAUAGAGGCUGGGUCACAUGCUGCACUGGCCAAUCACAGCCAUGCCAUUACUAGGCAUGGCUGUGAUGACUUCUAACGGCACAGGAGUCAAAAACUUGUUGAUUGGCUUCCCUGCAGCCUUUCAAAAUACGUCAUUAAAUCGCCGAACUCCUCUCCAAACAUACAUUGAUAUGUCCGUGUUCGGGUCCGGGGUCCAAAAAACUUAAUUUUCGGGUUUGCUCAACUCUAAUACCAUCUGUUACUUAUGUCAAUCCACACAUCCAUAAAUAAUCGAUAGAAACAUAGAAUAUGCAAUAUUCUACAAGCAUUAAUGAUUCCAGAUCCGAUUCAUGUGUAUGACUUAUCUUGGGGUGCACAGUGAUGCAAAUAAAUUGAAAAGUUUCUCCUAUAAUUCAUAGCCACUGUUAAACAUGUUUUGUACCUUAGUAGCAGUUAGUCAUACAUUUCACGUGAAAAACCCUUAUCUCACAAAUUAAAACACUGAAAAGGGCUGGGGGGGAAUUGACAUAUUAACCCAUGCUCGUCUGGAUCUGCCCAUGGGGAGGAAUAAAAAAACCUUCUAUCCUGGGGAAACGGUGAACACUUUAAAUCUCAUCGGUACCUUAAACUUCAGAUUUGUAUUUGGGGUGGUAAGGUUAUACAAGCUAUCCUGUCAGUAUGACUCUACUCAUCAUUAUAUUGCAGUUUGGAACUCUGAAAUUUUACAGCUCUGGGAAAAUUGUUGGGCGUUACAGUAACAUUAAAUUAUGUUCAUUAAACCAAACUUUAGGUUAUCAAAAAUAUAAAGUAAAUACUUUUUUUGUGUUUAGUACAUUACCUACAGGUGUGUUCUUGCAUUAGGUACGGUAAAGGGAACUGCAUUUGGCCAUUCCCACUGAUUGAUCAUGGCAAGGAUGCUUCAUGGCAUCUGCAAACUGUGGUUGCAGAUACUGACCUCUGUGUCUGUUACAUUCUAAACGAAAACAAAGCAGUAGAAAUUGGUUAAAUCGCUGGUCAGAAAAUGAGUGAGAAAAAAAUAAUCAGUGGCAUUUGGAAACUCAGACAGAAAAUGUAUGGAAUUAACUGUCGAUAUAUGUGGUCUUGGUGCCUAGAACAUUUCCUAUGUCUGUUUCAGAUGCAAGAGCAAAAUCGCCGGCAGCAGCAAGAGCUGCAGCAGCAGUUGGAAGAGAAACUGCAACGUCUCCAGUAUCCACCAAACGUGAGUGCUGACAAUCAUUCAUCAUCUGUAACUCCGGAAACCUCUCUUUCUGCCAGAGACCAGGAUCCAGAAAGCAAUAACAGCAAUACACGAACAAGUGGAAUAGAACCAAACAAUAACAAUACAAGUGUAACCAACAGGCCUGGUCGAGAACGUGCAGGAUCAGAAGGUGAGGGCAUAUUUCCUGGGCAAUGGGCUUGGUCAAAAUAAGACCGUAAAUAUUGGGUGAUUGGCUGGAUGAGAAAAUGUGAAUAAAUAUAUCGAACUUACUCUGUCGGGUCUCGGUUUAUCUCUUGCACAGAGUUGUUUUUUUAUGUGAUCUUCGGCAAUGCUGUGCUCAGAUAUCCUUACAAUGCAGGUCGCUGUGAAUGAUCUUUGUACCGUUCUCGUAUCCCAUCUCUAGAACAAGAUUCUGACGAGAUUACAAUCGGCAAAAUCUCCUUAUUUACUAAGGAUGUUUUGGGUCGGGGAGCUGGAGGAACGUUUGUAUUUAGGUGAGUGGAAUAUUCCUAACUGACUUGAUGUUACAGGGAAAUGUAGAGAAGAGAAGUGUGUUUAGAGAAGAGAAAAGUGGAAGGAAGGUAGGUUUAGUGGAAAGAAGUGAGGUAGAAAGAGAGGAGUACAGAGAGGAAGGAGGGAUGGACAAUUUACAAGACAGACAUGGAGGAAAUUUUAUUUGAAGAGAGAAGUUGCAUAGAAAGAUCUAAGAAUAAGGAAAAUGUGUACAAAGUAAGCAGAGAGAAUAUGUAUAGAUGUGAAGCAGGGUAAUUAGGUGAAUAUGUCAACCAAGGAAGGAAUGUUUGAGAGAAGUAUGAAAAGAAAACUGUGUGAGGUGGAAAUAAUUGUACAGGAGAGGAACAAUGAUACUAAGCAGCAACAGGAGGUUAUACAGUAGAGAAGUGUUAAAUGUUCAAUGUUUUUUUUAACUAUUUCAUUGUGAAUGAGAUGGUAUGUUCAGAUGUCCAAAACAACCUGAUAGUUUGCUCUAAUCAGGGGCAGGUUUGAUGACCGUCCAGUAGCCGUGAAAAGGAUCUUGCCGGAGAGUUUCACGCUGGCAGAUCGAGAGGUCCAGCUACUGCGGGAGUCUGAUGAGCACUCCAACGUAAUUCGUUAUUACUGCACGGAAAGCGACAAACUUUUCUAUUACAUAGCACUGGAGCUGUGCGAAGCCACCCUGCAGCAGGUAAGCAAUGGCGGUAAAUGUAUGUAGAAGGAAGGGUGCAGGAGAGAGGGCUUUCAGCAGGGAAACAUGAAAACGGUGGGUACAGGACAAAGGCAGGGAAAGACGUUGGCUAAGCACAUUGGGAAAUAAAGUGACAAAGGUUAACCAGGGCUGAUGUAUUUUAUGAAAUCUGGAACCAGGUAAGUAGCAGGGUUAUAGGGAUUCCUGAGAACUCAGGGGGUCUCAGGAGAUUUUAAUUACCUUGCAUCACAGACGUGUUUGCCGGUCAAUAAAUGAGUCAGUGUCAGAUUGUCAGGUUAUCAGAUUAUACAGGUUUUAAACAGAUUAAUAAAAAGUGUCUCUGGCACAAAUCUUGUGCAAAAUAUUAAUAAAUGUGAAAAUAAAUCACCUAAAGUGUCAGUUUAUCAAGGCACGUAUUUGAUUACGUUAAGGUUCACUAUAUUCUCAUAUGAAACGCAGAGAAAGAGAAAAAUAUAUGCGAAUAUAGUGUAGUAUUUCAUAACAAACAAUAAAAUAAAAUGGACAGACACUCCCAAGAGAAAAGCACAACGAAAAUGAAUUUUGCACGAGAUUGAAAAAGUAGUGCAACAAGGAUUGUGUUUCUCUGUUUCCAACACUCCUAAACCAGGACCCAGAUCUUCUGCACUGAGGACCUGUGGGCCAGCCAGGGAGAAGAGAUAAGAGGCCAUCAAAGUGCUUUUAGCACACUUUUCUUUUGCUGUGUGAGUGUCUCUACAUUUUUACGUACAUUUAAUUUUAUUACUGGUUAUUGAACACUACACUAUAUUUGCAUAUAUUCUUCUCUCUUUGUUUCAAAUGUGAAUAUACUGAAAAUUAAGGUUAUCAAAUAACUGUCUUUUUAUUUUUAUUAUUGUUAAGACAUAUAGAAAAACAUAACCUGCAACGAAAGAUACAAAGCCAAUAAGUACACGUUUCUGAGCAAUAACAAUCGUUUAGCAGUACAUUAUUUAAAAAAAAAAAAAAAUUUUAAAGAAAAAAAUUAUAAUAAAGAGAAGUUCAAUUACACAGUGUAGCUUCAGACUUAUGUUUAGUUUCAUGAAGUAGUAGAGCUCGAGACAUACAAAAGAAAGGUGAGAACAUGUCAAGUGAACAUGGGCGCAGUAUGGUAAAACAUGACGUUAAGAGCUGAACAUAUGCUUGAUAUCUAAAUCUCGAGCUUGUUGCUUAGUAGUAGGCUCGUUCAUAUGACUGGUACCCAAUUCUCACAGAUGAAGACCACUCGUAUAGAAUAGGCAGCUACUGGAAUUAUAAAAGCUCUCCACCCACCUGGCAGGCAGUCUCAGGAAUGACAGGUGACAGUCAACGGAUGCAUUGGUCGGGUAGUAUCCAUAAAGUCAGCUCAGAAGAGCAGUACAAGUAUGCCAUGGGUUAGUACCCCUCCUGCCCCAGGCCUGUAGGAAGGCCGAUACCUUCUUACCACAGACUCAGCUUCACAGUGUGCCCAAGUCCAUCCCAAGCGGGACAAUGCGAAAGGCUCUAAAGACAAGUUAAUGCCGUUUUGGAUUUUAUAUUCCUCUGCAUGCGUGGGUGGUGCUGUGGGGUCGAGCCUCGUGUGACCCAGGUAGGCCCACGAUAGGGGUGACAGCAGGUACAGAAUCUAAAAUACCAAUCUUUCUGUAUUGACACUUUGUUAUUUAUGCCACUUUUAUUAGUGUUUUGUGCCAGAGACACUGUUUUUAGUCUGUUUGCACUUUAUGUUGAGUUGAAAGAGGCAACUCCGUCUACUUUGCAGCACUGUAUAAUUGCACUUUAUCUUUUUAACUUAUAAUUUCCUUCUUCAGUACGUGGAGGAUCCCAACUUACAAUGCCAAGGUCUGGAUCCGGUGACUGUACUAAACCAGGCCAUGUCCGGUCUGACUCACUUACACUCUCUAAACAUCGGUGAGUGACAGGGGUUGCUCAAUUCAAGGGGAUUAGGGGUAAUGAUAUUACUAUAGAACACUCAGUGUUCUUUCACUCAUGGACUGCCCAUUUUAACCCUUCUAUUAAUCCAUCCACUUAGUGUGUAUUUUAGCACUUGAUGAGUGUUCUCUACCUUGUAGGUGGAGUUUCUUUGAAUCUUAAAAUGUUCGUUUUGUCACCUUGUUAUACAUUUUAUACCAUGCUGUUUGCUAUAUUUUAGAUUUUGCAGCAAAAUCUAAAAAAUAAUUUGGUUCAUGGGGAUCUUCUGUAUUAGAAUAUAUAAUGGAAGAUACUUUGAGAUAUAUACAGUUCCUAGGAUACCUCUCACCCCUGCCAUUCCUUAGUUGUUGUGAAAUUUGUGGCUAUGAUAUGAGUGUCUGGCCUCCCCCGGUGAGCACAGUUUCCUUCAUAUUUCAGUACACCGAGACCUCAAACCAUGCAACAUUCUUAUCACCCAGCCCAACGCUCAGGGCAAGCGGCGAACUGUUAUAUCGGACUUCGGCCUCUGCAAGAAGCUCGGUGUUGGGAGAAAUAGCUUCAGCCUUCGCUCUGGUAUCCCUGGCACAGAAGGAUGGAUCGCUCCAGAGGUCUUAAGAGACGGACCGAAAAAAAACCCAGUGAGUAACUGUGUCAUGUGGCAAACACUCUAUUAAAAUACAGCUAACCACACUGCUUUAUGAUGUUGCAAACUUAGCAUUCUGGGAGAGCAUUGUGAUUGCACUCUGUGUCACUCACUGGUGUAAGCAUAAGCUGAAAACUACGACCUAAAAUAAAAUAGAUAUUUGAAUUGCUAGAAAUUUGGCCAAACAAAUGUAGAGAUUAGUUUAUUUUUGUCUUUAAAAUGCCGUCGUGACACAUCCUGUCUUCAGAGAGACAAUUUAAAGCGGCUAAUUUGCCUGAAAUGUAUCUUUAUAAAGCAACAUUCUCAUCAGAUUAGUGUUAUUUCAGCUAAUUAUUGAGAUAUAGUUCGCUGUCUAUCGUAGUAUUGCGUCAUAAUGUUUAGUUGAUCAUAAGUAGGAAAUAAAGCUGCUGGGUCCAAUCAGAAUUUCAGUUGAGCUGCAAUGCUGCCAGUUAACUGUACGGAGAAGACCAUACAUGCUAUUAAACAACCUGAUGCAGAUCCUUAAUGGGAGAACAUAUUUUUUUGAAGUAUUAUAAACCUGAAGUGGUAUAUCACUGCAAGCUUGUUUUCCAAAUAUUCUUUAGUGUUGCGGUUGAUAUUUCUGGCCAAAAUAGAGCACAAAAGAAUAUUAACAGAAUAGCUUGUCCUGUGGUGGUCCUUUUUAGUGCUCAUGCUAGAUUUAUGUAAUAUUGUGCUAAUACAAAAAAGCGCCCCAAACCGUUUGCAUAUCAGACUGAUUAAACACAAAAAUAGUCCUUUUUAAAAAUGCUGAGAUUUGCUCGUUUCAGCCUUGGUGGGCCUCGUCAGUGAGGUGUAGCUGAGAACAUCUGUAAGCACAGUCAGCAAUCCAAAUUAUUCAAUUAGAAAGCACAGCUUACUUAUAAGAGCCCACUAGUGCAGCCCAAAUUUAUUCAGAGCAUUCAAAGUACAGACGUUUUGGGAUCCCUGGAUGAGGGAAUUUAUCAUUGAGGGGGAGCUGAGGUUCUGAAACGUCUGUACUUCGGAUGAACAACACCAAAAGGCAAAAUAGUUUAACCUAGUGCAUCUAUUGUGUAUAAACCGCUGUACCCCAACAGCAAGCAGAGUAAAGCAAUCCAAAGUAUUUAUCCACAAAGCACAGCUUAGUAAUAGGGGCCAUCUAGUGCACCCCAAAAGUAGACACUUAGAGCCUAAGUUUUUGGUUCCGUCAUGAAUCAUUUGGUAUAUUUUGAGUGGUUAUGAAUUAUGCCGGUCCCCACCCCUCCCGGGGUCCACAUCUGGAUUAUCCUUUUACCUUAGGGAGCCCGUAGGCUGGUUGGAAACACAUUUUCCGAAUACAGAAAUGUUUUUGUAGGUAAUAGGUUGGAUACCAAGUAAAGUAUUUUUUGUAUUUACAUAAUUCUAUAAUUGCUGUUAUUGGAGAGAGAGAAAAGAAAAUAAAUACAUGAAAUUAAAAAUUGUACAAAAUAGCUCUGCUGAUAGAUGCUCCAAUUGUACUUAUUUGUAGUAGAACCUUGUCUGUACUAUAAUGCACAGUUUACAAAUUGUUCAUUUAUAUGACGAUAUAAUUCUCUGUUUUUUCAGACGUCUUCAGUGGACAUAUUCUCAGCCGGCUGCGUGUUCUAUUAUGUGCUGGCACACGGACAGCAUCCGUUCGGUGACAGCCUAAGAAGGCAAGGAAACAUUCUCACUGGUUCUUAUAGUCUUUCUCACCUCAAGCAGGAAACCCACGGUAAAGCGACUUUGAGUACAAGUUACAUUUCAUGUGUUCUGAUAACUGGAAAUAAACACGUGGUCUAACCCUCCACCACAUACCCCCCGAUCCCCAUUGUAUCCUUCAGAGAACAUCGUGGCUCGAGAUUUGAUUGAGAUGAUGAUCAGCAGUGAUCCAUUGCUCCGACCUUCAGCUCAGAAGGUCCUGAAACAUCCAUUUUUCUGGGCCCGAGAGAAACAACUACAAUUUUUCCAGGUAAGAAACAUGACCAAGGAGACAUCUGACUGCUAUUUUGGGGUCAAGAGGGAAUUUUUUCCUAGUUUGUUUCAAAAUUGGAAGCGCUUCAGGCUAGGUUUUUUUGCCUUCUUUUGUAUCAACAGCAAAAACAUAUGUGAGGGAGGUUGAACUUUAUGGAUGCAAGUCUCUUUUCAGCUAUGUAACGAUGUAGCUAUGACUUGUACUUUGGCUUUUGCAAAUGAGCACAGGAAUGUUUUUUGGGGGGUUAGGAGACUUGAGUUAUAGUUGGACAAUGGUCUUUUGAUCUUGCCUCCACGGUCUUCAAUAUUUGUCUGGUUGACAAUCUCUACUUGACUAUGCUCAAACCUUUUUCAGGAUGUGAGUGACCGCAUUGAGAAGGAACCACAGGACAGCCCACUCAUUAUUGCCCUGGAGUCCAGAGCUCAAUCUAUUACCCGUUUGAACUGGCGUCAACAUAUAUCUGUUCCCCUGCAGACAGGUAUCCUUUUGAGUAGUAAAUGUGUUAAUUUUUUCUCUUUGUUAAAGGGACACUAUAAUGAGCAAAGACAACUCUAGCUUAAUGAACUAGUUUUGGCUCAAUGAAGCAGUCGGACUGCUCAGGUCUCUGCCAUUUAGGAGUUAAAUCACCUUGUUUAUGCAGCCCUAGUCACACCUCCCUACAUGUGACUUACACAGCCUUCCUAAACACUUCCUGUAAAGAGUCAGCUAAUGUUUAUACUUCCUUUAGUUCAAAUUCUGUUUAAUUUAGAUUUUGUCUCCUGUUCUGUUAAUAGCUUGAUAGACUCUGCAGGAGCCUUCUGUAUGCAAUUCAAUUACAAUUUACAGAGCAGGAGUUAAAAACUAAGACUAAGUUACAUCUGAUUGAAAGUGAAACCAUUUUGUUUUCAUGCAGGGUGUAUCAAUCACAGCCAGGAGAGGUGCGGCUAGGGCUGCAUAAAUAGAAUCAAAGUGAUUUAACUCCUAAACGGCAGCGAAUUGAACAGUGAGACUGCAGGGGCAUGAUCUGUACACCAAAACUGCUUCAUUAAGCUAAAGUUGUUUUGGUCACCUAUCAUUCCUGGUAGUUUUUGUAAAGUGAAUAUUGAUUUGUAUGUUUUCAAACCAACAAUUUUUGUUACAGAUUUGAGGAAAUUUCGAUCGUACAGAGGUAAUUCAGUACGAGAUCUUCUCCGAGCUAUGAGGAACAAGGUGUGUAACACAGCAAGGAUUAUAGUUGAUCAAGAAAGGGAAUUUUCCAUUGUCUCUGCUUAAAAUAUUUUAAAUAACACUUUCAAAAAUUUUUUUUUCUUGCUGUUCCUACAGAAGCAUCAUUAUCACGAACUCCCACCUGAAGUCCAGGAGACAUUGGGCUCCAUUCCCGAUGAGUUUGUAUUUUAUUUUACCUCCCGAUUUCCAUUCUUGCUCCUUCACACGCACAGAGCAUUGGAGAAGUGCGCCCGUGAGAGACCGUUCCAGUCUUAUUAUCAUUGGGAGCCAAGACAAUGAAGUAGACUUUAAAGUUCUCUGCCACCUGUACCACAGCCCAAGACUGCCAUCGCUGCACUGAUCGGAGAGCACAUCCUUUGGCCAUCAAGGCCUGUCUGCAGAACAGUGUUCCUUCUGUCUGUGGAUUAUACUGCUUCAUAUUUUUGCACUGUAGUUUUGCUUAGCAAUGUGCUGAUUUUAGAGUAGAUCAUUACAACCACAGCCAGGCCAGAAUUAUGUGCCUUGUGUUUUCCGAAAAAAUUCUACAUAUAUAUAUUUUAUUAUAAAAUAGUUGAAAGAAAAACACUGCCUUGUCCAUUGCACUACUGUAUUAAGUCCGCUGCUGACAUCCGUUACCAUGAUUACAAAUGAAGUGGGCAGAAGGUAGUUAUCUUGUAAGAUACUCCAUUUUUAGACAGACUGCAAGCAUUGUAAAGCAAUGUGGGGGGACAGUUACAAACAUGAAUCAAUCUGUUUUAUAUGAUUCUAAUUAUUGAUGAAAUCUUUUAUUUAUUUUUUUAGCUCCUUGGAGAACAUUGUUGUACAAUUUUAUUCUGUCUGAGGAUAAGAAAAAGUGUAAAUGUUUUGAUAUUUUAUAUAUUUUUUUUUCUCAAAAUGGCCAAAAUAUCUGCUGUUUAAAAUUAAAAAACAAAACAAAAACUGCUUGUAAGCUUUAACUAAAACAUUCCAUAAAUGGUUAACCAUAUCAGACCCAUUAGAAUAAUAAAUGCAGUGUUUUCCAUAGUGAA